AUGACGGAUUUAUUUGCAAAAUUUAAUGGUGUUAAUUUAAAAUUUCAAGACAACGAACUCAAUUUGAUCACUUCAAAAUCAGUUAUUUCUGCCUUUCUAAAAAAACUCAUUUUGUGGAAGCAGAAUUUUGGUAGGAAUGAGUUUAGCCAAUUUCCGAUCUUAUCGGAUCUUAAAAAGAAUGGUGAAAUUUCCUCUGGUGAUAUACAGGAAUAUUGUCAACAUCUUGAGUCUUUUUACAUGGGCUUUUCUAAUCGUUUUAAAGAUGUGUUGACCCUGGAAGUCCCUCAAUGGGUUAUGAACCCUUACGUGAAUAUUGAAGCAGCAGAGGUUCAUAUUCAGGAGGAAUUGGUCGAACUUUCAACUUAUGAAACUAAACUUUGA